UAAACAUCUUAAAAUGUAUUUACAAAUGCAUUUGUUUUUUUCCCAGAAAGCAACAUUUACGCAUGGUGUUGAACAUUGUAGUCAGUUGGUUACAUGUUGUAAAUGAUGGAUGAGCUGGUGCCGCUUAUAGAAUCCUCCCCACAGAGAAAUUGCAGAGAAAGUAGACCGCACUAUUUAGUUUACCAAUGGGGGAGCACGAAGCAGUUGCUCUCGAAUCUUCUCCGUUUUUUCUUUUGGUCAUCUGGUUAUAAUAAACGUUUAACAUCUCUAAGUCAGUUAUAUAGCUUCUACUUAUUUAUCGUUUGUUGGUAUCAAGUGUGUUACGAAAUUGCUAGGAUAGCUGGUUGUCCUGAGUUUAAAUGUAAAAGCAACAAUGUUACUGUACAUUCAACAAAGCAGUUAGAGUAUGCAUCUUUUUUAUCAGCGUCGAUUGGAUCUGCAUGUUCAUACACAUUUAUGUUGCUUUGUUUGAACAUGAUAUACAAGCCACGUGGAAAUGGAAUUAGUCCUUAUUUUGGAUUGAAAGAUAUGGCUAAUUCUAAAGCGAAAAUCAUUUUAAUAACUAUGCUCAUAUCUGGGGGGAUUUUUAUUGGUUACAUUGCAUUGUUUGUGUACAUAUAUUAUACAGAGGGCCACAAGCCAAGACGAGCAGUUUAUCUAAUCAGCCUGUCAUGUGAGUUUAUUGCAGAGUGGGUUGCCAUUGUAUCGCUAUAUGCUUUCUCGUGUUCAUCAUUUGCAGUAGGAGCGUUUGCUGCAGACACAUUGCGAAGAAUAAAAACGUUAACAGGAGAAACUAUCGACGAUGUCAUAAAAAUUCAUAAAGAGUUACGUCUCAUUGUAAAAGAGACAACGGAUGCUUAUUCAACAUGGUUUCUCCUUCAUUGGUUAAUUUUUGGUAUCACUGUCAUUAUUGGUUUUGUUGUUGUUGCUUUGCAUAAAUUUGGACAUGACGAAGUGAUCAAGAAGACAUAUUUUGGCACCUAUUUUGCAUUGCAUGUAUUUCUUUUCAUCUACCCAUGCGCAUGUGCAGCAUAUAUUACAAGUACAUGUGCAUCGAUAUCUGCUAAAAUCAACAAUACAACGAGUGAGGAUUGGAAGGAAGGUCAUAUUUUCAAAGAUCGUCGCCAAUUACAGAUGUUUGUGUCGUACUGUUCUGCAAGUCCCGUUUGCUUUAAGAUUGGUCGCAUUACUUUUACAUCAACGUUAGCAUGGUUUUCGUUUUUCUUUGGUGGAACGGGUCUUCUGUUUCAUUUUUUUUGAACAUUAAAUAGCUUUCAAUGUGUGCGUUGAUCGUCAAUCUAACGUUAAACGACAAAUUGAUGUUUCGAUUUGUAAGUCACUCCCAACAUAUGGAGAUUUUAACUUUACAAAAGUGGUUUGUGAAAUAAUGCUUAAUUCUAGAAUUUUUUUUCGUACGUGUGACCAGAGCAAGGCUAGUGGUUUUAACUUUUGAAGGGCUCAAAGGUUUUUAAAAGCUCACCCGUGUCAAUUAGUUCUUGAACCGUAAACGUCGUAAAAUGACACGCUACUAGUCGAAGUUUUUGGGUCUUCUUUGUCUCAAAAAUUAAGUAAGUAAGUUAGUAACGGAACCAUUCUUCCCCUCUGACGGCAACUAAGUUACAUUACCCGCUAAAGAAACGUAUAUCAUUGCUCCAACUUGGUUGCCUGCCACACAAGUCAAUUGGCGGUGAGUGGAUGGUUCCAUUUUAGCUAACAUCACUACAUUUAAAGUGCGCCUGAGUGAAGACUUAAACCUGCAACCUUAUGGUUACAAGUUGACAGCGCGAACACUAUACCAUUACAGCCUGAAGAAAAAAUGUUUAAAAAUAAUAAUAUUACAAAAAAAUGUCUUUAUGGUUACUGUUUUAUAGGACUUAGAUCUUUAGUUAUUUGGUCAAAUUGGAAGAGGUUAAUUGUUGCUGACAUCAGCUUGACCAAUUUUUAAAAAUGGUCGGUCUUUUUCAGCCAUAUUAUGGUUGUUCCAUAUUGCGUGCCUGCUAGAAUGAACAACUAGUGUUUUUUAUGUGGCCUAUAUACCUUAUCGGUGAAAAAUCCGUCGGUCAUUAAUUUCGUCGGUAAAAAUGUUCGUUACCUACGAAAGAAAUUGUCACUUCUUACCGAAUUCUAUUGGUCGGGUAUAUUUGAAGGGGGAAAAGAUUCAGUAUUUUAUUCAACAUCAAUUAGCAUCAAUUACAAUGCAACCUGUGUCUUCAUUUAUAUUUGAUGUCAGUCAUCAGAAUUUGCUUUAAUUGGGGGACUUUCUUCUUUAAUGUUGUCCACUACUUCGAGUCCAAAAUUAGAUCUUUUUUGACGUAUGUCAUGCAAAAAAUAUUCCUAGCUUAUUAAUUUCGUCAGAAAAAAAUUUUCGUCACCUGCAAAAAAAAAUCGUCAUUUCUAACUGACGAAAUUUUAACCGAUAAAGUGUCUACGCAAACGCUGCAGAGUUUUGAAAAUUAAUUUAAUAAUAGUAAUAAUAACAAUAAUAAUAAUAAUCGAUAUUUUUCUAACAUCCAUUUACAAUGCUAUUUCUCAUAAAAAGGUGUAAGGAAUAUUUAUGUAACGUAGAUAAAACCAAACGAGCAAACAACGAACAAAAAUUUGUCGAUAUCUAGGGUCUAAACCGCAACCAGACGACUGAGGAUGAAGAUAAUUAAUCGACACAUCAAUAGGUCAUCAACAGGUCAAUUAGAUGUAUAAAGUAAGAUAAAAAAAAAUUUUCUACGGACACAAAAGUAGAACAAGUAACGAAGGUACAAAUGUUAUACUCUUCCAUAAAUUGUUAUUAGUAUAUAAAUACUCAGUUCGGUAAUUUGUAAGAAAUUACCAUUACGCUUAAUUCAUUUAUAUUAUAUGUAUAUAUAUAUAUUAUGCAAUAUUCUCGUUUCUAAUUUAUAUUUGAAUAUAUAUAUUUUGUAUUAUGUUCUGUACAAGUUUUGACAGUUUUCUAGAACGAAACUUCAACUUUUGUAGUGUGUAAUUAUUCUUUGGUGAGUUGUAACAAAACAAUGUGUUGUUUUAUGGUUUUAAGAAUGAGGAGGAAUAAAAAACGAUAUUGUCCC